AUGCCUCUGCCAUUCGGCCUAUAUCUCAAGAGGGCUGACCCCCAAGAGGCCCCCGUCACACAAAUCCUCGACGUCGUCCCCUUCGGGAGUAGCAAGGUCUACAUAUUGAUGACCAGAGUACCUGGGGAGGAGCUGAGUAUGCGCGCGGGCCAUGUCAAAAAUCUCUCGCCUCGUCAGCUUCAGGUUCUCGAGGACACCCUUCGCGACUGGUUCGAGCCGCUCAGAGCGCUUGAACCUCCGAAUCCGGACGCGGUGUGUGGAUUUGGCGGUAAUGGGAUCAAAAGCCAUCGUAUCAGGCAUGACAAUUACGUGGGACCCUUCGCGUCGCAGAAUGAGUUCCACGAGAAGCUCGUGAAGGGCUACGAGGCCACACACAGCGCAUUAGCUGCCCCAAGCCAUUCAAAAGCACGUCGUAUCUGCUUCACACAUGGGAAUAUAAAUCCAUCGAACAUACUGCUCGAUGAGGAUAUGCGGCCCGUUGCGCUGAUCGAUUGGGAAUGUGCGGGAUGGAUGCCCAAAUACUGGGACUACACGUUGGCUCUCUACAUCAGAUAUCCGCACUACAAAGAGUGGUGCGACUUAUUUACUCGAAUAUUCCCGCAAUAUGAGGUUGAGGUUGAAGUCGAAGACAAAUUGUGGGACAUCGCGGCCCCAUGGUGA